CUCAGGACAGGAAAAAGUCAGUUAAAGAUUUUACAAUUUAAUGAUAAUUUUUAGAAUUGAUUCAUAAGAGAGUGGUGACAAUGGGAGACGAGGAAAGCACUACGGAGGCGGAGCAGGAGGGGGAGAAGGAAAUGAAGCUGGUCCUUCACUGUCCUCCGAUCUACCCACUGCCUGAAGAGAUAGAAAAGAUGGAGCGCAGUGAGACGGUGUGUCGCUACUGCGGUGUGAGCUACCUCAUUUUUCACGAGUUCCACCAGCUCAACAGUCGACUGGCUCGGCUGGAGGAAGAGCUCGGGGAACAGAGGGGGAUCACCCAGAGAGAGAAGGCCCAGCGAGAGGCGCUGGAGCUGGGCAGGCUGGAAUGGGAGAGGGCAUGUCACCUGGAGGUCCAGAGACAGGCAGAGGAGAGAGAGAAAACCACAAAAGAGGAAUUAGAAGAGAGGCACGGAGUCACACAGAGAGCCAUGAGAGAAGAGUUUGAAAAAAAGAAGGAGAAGAUGGAAGAGCAGUAUCAGAAAAUCAACAAGGAAGAAGAGAAGAGAGCGCUGGGAGACGUGGAGGCGGAGAGAAAGCAGCGAGAGGAGCUGGAAAGGAAGUCUGAGGAGAGGGAGAAAGUUCUGGGAGACGCACUUCAAAAGGCCAAUAAAAGUGUGGAGGAGCUGAGGAAAAGCUUCCAACAGCUGGAGGAGAGGCUGGCAGCAGCGGCAGCUUCCACGAAGGAGAAGGCAGAGCAGUUACUCGGAAAAGAGAAGCAGGAAAAGGAAAACCUCAGAGGAGUGUGUGUGCGGCAGCAACAGGCCCUGCGAGCGACUCUUUCCACGCUCCGGGCCUAUGGCAGCAAGCUCACAGACCUACGGGGUUUCCUGAGCCAGCUGACAGGGGCCUGGGCAGGCCUUCAGGUCCCAGAUACUGCAGCACAGCACACAGGUGUUCUCAGUGCUGACAGAGGAGCUGAAGCAUUCCACUGUGGAGUUGCAGAAAAUGAGAGAAGAGAAAGAGCGCCUAACUCAGCAGCUGAUGUAAGUGUCUACAAGGAGCAGAGGAGACAGAAUGAGGAGCAGCUGUCCUAUCAGAAGCACUCUGAGAGCCUGCACCGGGAAACACUACUCAGGUUAAAAGAUGAGUUGGAGGAGAAACACGAGAUGUGGUUGUCGUGCCAACAAAGGUAUGACACCGUGCAGGAGCAGCUGUCGUCAUGGCAGCAGAGAGAGGCACAGAUGAGCAGGAAGUACCGCACAGCUGAAGAGGAAGUGACGCGACUAAGGGAAACCCUGGAGAAGACCCAGCAGGAAACGAGAGAGCUGAGGAGAGACAGAGAGAUGCUGACAGAGUCCCAAAGCAGAGCCCUGACAAAGAUGGAGGAAGACUGCAGACAGAAAAUACAGUCAAAGCUGAAUGCAGCCCUAGAAGACCAGAGGACUCAGAAUGCAUUGCACCUUAAGGAGCAGAUGAAGGAGUUUCUGAGGGAUGUGGAGUUAGAGCUGACCAUCGAGAGGGAGAAGAACCAACUGCUGCUCAUACAGCACCAGCAGGACAACACACAGCUGCAGCGAAAGCUGGAGGAGAGAGAGCAGGUGCUAAAAAGACUGCUGGAGGAGAGGAAGAGCAGAGAGGAGGAGAUACUCCGGGAAAUGCAGCACUCCCAACAGCAGGAGGCGCUACAGCUGAGCCGAGCUGAAGCUGAACUACAGCUGCUGACGGAGAGGAACGCUGAACUUCAAGAAGAGGUGGCGUUACUCCAGGAGACGGUAAGGAGGGAGUGUGAGGAGAGGGGGGAGCUGACGACUGCUCUGUCUGAAGUUCAGGAGGAGCUCCUGGGGCUGCGACCCCCAGUGUCUCAUCAGCACUCCCCCAGAUCUCACCCCACGGAGAGACAAACUCCCCCGGGGUUCAGGCACAGCCAGACCCGGGUGGCUCUUAAUCGCUCUUUGAACUCCCCAAACACACUGCAACCCCCCCCUGCCGCCACAGACAAAGACACAAGCCGGGGCACAGAUAGAGGAGGUGCAGGGAGGAGCUUUCAGUGUUGGAAAAGUGGUGGGGAAAAAAGACGGGAGGGGACGCUGCCCAGACUGAAGCCAGCCGCACUGUGAGCAAGUCAUAAUAUAGGACCUUAAAACAUAAGGUCAGUUUAGAUUCUCUGAUUGCCUUCUCUCAAAGUCACACACACACACAAAUCAUAUCUACCCAUAAACACACACUUUAACCCACUACUUCAGCCGUGAACUCCCCGGACACACUCUCUGACAGACAUGCACUUGUUUUCUCACAACCUCCACUCACGCAGUGUCAGUGGCACGCACAGGAUGUCACAGAAAAACACCCACACACACACACAGACACAUGCAAACACACACAGACACAGCUGUGUUGCAAGGGCAGAGCUGAAGGAGCAUGACAGCGUGUCCCCUGCUGCCACCCGUGGACACAAACAAAAGACAGGCAAACACAAAGGAGACUGUAAGGCAAGCACCCCCAGACACACACACACACACACACACACACACACACCUCAAGCAUUGUGUGUUAUCGACAUCAUUCACUCCGUGCAAGGUCUUUCCAUUCCUCGCUUUCCUCUCCCUCUACAUUUGGGAUGAAUUGGCAUGAUGGGAGAAAUGCGUGAAGUGUGUGUUCAGCAUGGAACUAAUUUCCCCGCUCCCUGGCACACAUGGAAAGCUUUUACUUUGACUUCCUCGUGUCCCUCUCCUUCCAACCCAUCUGUGAGACAAUGAGCGCAGAAAGGUGGGGCGAUAAUGAUUUUAUCCUGCCAACGUUUCCUGUUUUGCCAAAACACACACAUAUGGUUUACCUGCUUAAAAACCUGGAGAGGAAUAUCAAACAAUGAACAUGCGGCGCCAUUAAAAUCUAUUUCUUUUGUCAGCACGGUUAAAUUGGAAAAUGUCAUACUACACAUGUCCAUGUUGUUCCAGUUGCCCAUAUCUGAAAAACAACAACACAUAUUCCGUUCAGAGGUGGCACUUUUUUGUGCCUUGCAGCUGCCAUCUUGUUGCCUUCCUGUGUUUCAGUGUGUGAUUGUGUGUGUGGCCUUGUGUGUGUUUACUCAUUGCAAGAGACGUUGCCAUGUGUGUGUCUCCAGUGAGUGAUUGUUUCCAUCCUAACAGCACCACAUCGCUCACUUUUAACAAUCAAGUCACGUCACUGAAGGACAUCGAUUAUAUGGGCAUCACAAUGUAAUGUAGUAUGUGUGUGUGUGUGUGUGUGUGUGUGUGUGUGUGUGUGUGUGUGGGUGUGUGUG